GGCACGAAGCGCCGGAAGUGUCCGGGCAGCCCAGUGACCCGCGGGGCCGUGCGCCUCGGACCAUGGCUACCCAGGCGAAGCGCCCGCGGGUGGCCGGGACAGAGGAAGGUUGUGAUGCGGACCCAGUCGCUGGCUUCCUGAGCUGGUGCGGGCAGGUGGGGCUGGAACUGAGUCCCAAGGUGGCGGUAACCCGUCAGGGCACGGUGGCUGGCUACGGCAUGGUGGCCCUCGAGAGCGUGCAGCCGGGUGAGCUGCUAUUCGCAGUGCCACGGGCUGCGCUUCUGUCGCAGCACACAUGCUCAAUCAGCGGCUUGCUGGAGCGAGAGCGAGUCGCGCUACAGAGCCAGUCGGGCUGGGUGCCGCUGCUUCUGGCGCUGCUGCACGAGGUGCAGGCCCCAGCCUCACCCUGGAGGCCCUAUUUUGCGCUCUGGCCUGAGCUGGGCCGCCUGGAACACCCUAUGUUCUGGCCAGAGGAGGAGCGCCAUCGCUUGCUGCAGGGCACAGGCGUACCUGAGGCCGUGGAGAAGGAUUUGACCAACAUCCGCAGCGAAUACUCUUCCAUCGUGCUGCCCUUCAUGGAAGCCCACCCUGAACUCUUCAGCCCCAGGGUUCGCUCCCUAGAACUCUACCACCAGCUCGUGGCCCUUGUAAUGGCCUAUAGCUUUCAGGAACCACUGGAGGAAGAGGAAGAUGAAAAGGAGCCAAACUCCCCUUUGAUGGUGCCCGCUGCAGAUAUACUAAACCACUUAGCCAAUCACAAUGCCAAUCUAGAGUACUCUGCAAAUUAUCUUCGGAUGGUGGCUACUCGGCCCAUUCCUAAAGGCCAUGAGAUUUUCAACACUUACGGGCAAAUGGCUAAUUGGCAACUGAUUCAUAUGUAUGGUUUUGUUGAACCAUAUCCUGGCAACACAGAUGACACAGCUGACAUUCAGAUGGUGACAGUUCGUGAGGCAGCAUUACAGGGAACAAGUGAAGCUGAAAGGAUUCUACUGUAUGAACGCUGGGAUUUCUUAUGCAAGCUGGAGAUGGUAGGGGAAGAGGGAGCCUUUGUGAUUGGGCGGGAGGAGGUGCUGACUGAAGAGGAACUGACAACCACCCUAAAGGUACUGUGUAUGCCUGCUGAGGAGUUCAAAGAGUUUAAAGACCAGGAUGGAUGGGGAGUUGAUAAAAGGGAAGAGGACAGCCUGACAAUCACAGACAUUCCCAAGCUCAAAGCAUCAUGGAGACAGCUUCUUAGAGAGAGUGUUCUAUUGACCCUGCAAACCUAUGCCACAGACUUAAAAACUGAGCAAGAUCUACUCAGUAAUGAGGAGGUCUACACCAAACUCAGCUGGAGAGAACAGCAGGCCUUACAGCUUCGCUAUGGUCAGAAGAUGAUCUUACAUCAAUUGUUGGAGCUGACAAGUUAGUAGCUUCCCUGUUGCCUGAAGGAACAGCAAUAAGAACUUUAUUCUAAAUUGAUAUUCAUUAAUGCUUAAAA